GGGAUGGGCAUGACGGCUUCCCUUGUCACGAGAUACGUAUGCGUCUCGCGCUUACCGCCAAUACCGCGCUCUAGUUACUGUCACAUCAAACUGUGAGAAUGAAUGGAUGUGGGACACAGUCAUUGUUUUUCAUCGCUCUUCCGGAGCUGAGGAGUUUAUGUUGUGUCAACCUGUUCUUCCCCAACACCAAUGAUGAAGGAGAGUUGAGAAAGAAGCAAGUAAAAACCUGCAGAGAACUUUUGCUCUUAUACUCGAACAUUAUUGCCUCACCUGUUUUGGGUCAUUUUGGGGGCAUCACUGUUGUUAUGACUAAUACCUUUUACAAGAAAGGCAUCAUUCAAGAUUUUGCACAGACACAUGGUCUGCAGUUCGCCUGCCCCCAAAGGGUAUCGCCUCCUGUUUUGCAGGCCUGUUUGUCUUAUUCUGUGGCUGCGAAGCUGGCUCCCAAAUGGAAUAAAGCUGGCCAGUACCUUAUUGCAGUGCUCACAGAAGAGAAUGUUUUUUUCUCUCUCUUUCCAGGAAGAGAAUUCCUCAAUCACUCCGGUAAACUAAAUGCGGUUGUUCUUGAGUUGAACAUCACAGAGACUCAGCUGUGUGUUAGUGUGGAGGCCAACACAGUCAGACUUCCUCCAGCUGUGUUAAAGGAUUUAGAUUUUCCCACUCCUGUGGUGGAACAUUUUCUCCACACUGAUGAGGUUGUCCUUCAUGCAACCAUGCCAAAUAAUUGGUGCCACAUUCUACCAAGUAUGAAGAAAGGUCAGCUCAUCAGUAUCAGUCGCAGAAUUCCACAGGAAUGUCCAUUUCAAUCUUACUCAGAGAUCCAGGAGCAUUGGGACAGCAUGUAUGGAUACCAGCUUCCGUCAGCAAGGGAAGAAGAAGUGAUCUACUGCAGUGUGUACUUUAAACCAAUAGGUGAAAAGCUGCUCACAUAUCCACUGUGUUGUAUCCGGACUCAGCCAGUACAGUGCUUUCCCAGAGUAGACCUGCAGGGGGUGCUGAGAACCUUCAUAUCAGAUCUGCAGGCUGAACUGCGAAGUGUGUGUGGUUUUCCAGUGCAGAUGUCCAACAAGCCUUUCUACUACAACCAUGAACUGAUCAGACCAGUCUCUGAGUACUUUGGAGCCCUGCCUGUAAACUUGACAACAGAAAACACAAGCAAGGCUGUACUGAACCAUCUACCCAACAGCUACGUACAGAACACAACCCAACACCGCAGUUUUCAGCAUGACUCGACAGGUAAACAGGCCGAGAAUAAAAGGAGUCCCAGUUUGGAGUCGUCUCCCGGUCAAAAAGCUUGGACUUUCAUCAGCUCGACGACUCUGUUCUCCGCUUCUCCCACAAACGUUCAUUUUACACACAGCCAGUCACAGUCUGCUGUGUUUCCGAGAGCAAAGCUCGUGCCGGUCUUCAAGAACAAAUCACACACUUGUCACCUAAAUGUGAACAAGAUCCCUGUAGAGGAAGAGCAGAGAGGACUAGAAAGACAGAAGGUGGCAGUUAUAAAACCUCUGACUAGUGCUCUCCUACAGCCACCUCCAGUCCAUUCUUCACAUUUCUCCAGGCCUGUCCCUGAGCGGGUGUCCUUACCCUUUUAUAAGAGGCAAACGGGCACUGAUGGAGUCACUAGGGUUCUCCCAAACCAGCUUUUUGUACAGACACAGCCCCAAGUGUGUGAGGUCCCCAGUAAAAGAGGGGGAGACACUUUUGAGUCAAAACCAAAGAGACUCAAACAGAGUGUGCAGGAUGUGGACAUGUAUGCAAAAAACAAGCAGCUCACAAAGGUCAACUCGGUGACUCUGCAGGCAUGGUUGAAGAGUCGAGGGGUCAGCAUGCACUCAAAGGUUAAGAAAGAGGAGCUAGUGUCAAAGGUUAUGAAAUGUUUGAGUGAAACCUAAGGCAGAGGAACCUAAGUGUUGGGUUACUCACCUGAAUACCACGUUAUAAUAGAGAAUACUGAAGAGGUUUGAAACUUUCCAGCUAAGUUCUUGUUGGUUGAACAAAUAAACUGUUUUGGCAGUUCAGUAAUGAUACUAUGCCAUUAGUUGUUCUAUGCUAAAGCAUUUCAUUCAGUGUAGACCAACAAAAUUAAUUGGAUCUUUACUUU